AAACUACUGAAGCGAAGAAACAAAAUUUUCAUAAAAUAUACAAUCGUCGUCGUAUACAGUGGCAUUGCAAUUGUGUUCAAUUAUCGGGGGUAGAGAAAAUCUCUGCAGUGAAAACCGAGAAGAGACGAAAAAAAAUAAGUUCGGUACGAACGAGUUGAAGGACAUUAACCGAAAACGUCGAUUCCCUAAUUUCAAUCACCUGCACCCCAACUUCCCGACAGAUUUCAUAUCAUCGGAAUGAGAAAAGUUUUCCUAUCCCGUUGAACAGUUCGUCGAGUGCGGGAUAUAGCGCGAUCAAUUGUCGCAGGCGUGGAAAAAUUGUCUAUUUUUCUCGUUCACCUCGUCUUGUGCACACGUGCGCGGGGUCGCAACCGAUUCAAUUCCGACGUACCGUAAAUGAACUAGAUAAAUAUCCAUAUAUUAUAUUAUUUUAAAAGUUUGAAAAAGUGAUCGUUACGAAGGACGCGAAACUGUAAAGGGUCCUAGUCCCCCUCGUCAGCGGGGAGAUAGCGAAGGUGUUGUUCAGCCACGAAUCCAGGAUUCUCACCCCCGGCGGCGGCACACUCUCGCCCGGGGGCGCUGGGCCUCCCGCGAGUCCUCCCUCAGGACUCUAUCAUCCUCCCACGCACAGCAGCCCGCCACUGGUCAAGAUUGGCUCAGUUCAGGCUCAUCAGCCUCUCAACCACCAGCAACAGCAACAGCAACAGCAGCAGCAACAGUCACCCCAGCCACAGCCUCAGGUGGCAGUGGCGGGGGCGGGGUCCGGGACCGGGGCAGGAGCCACGGGGGUGGCGAUGGCCAGGGCUGGAGGAAUGUUCUGCUACCAUUGCCCCUCGGGUCUCCAGGCUCCCCGUCUCCCCCCGUCCCUCGAGUACCCCUUCGCCCCGACGCAUCCCUACACGAGUUACUCGGCGUAUCACCCGGCCUUGCACGGCGUCGGCGACGAUUCCUUCGUGCGCAGAAAACAGAGGAGAAACAGGACGACCUUCACUCUCCAACAACUCGAAGAACUGGAGUCCGCCUUCGCCCAGACUCACUACCCGGACGUUUUUACGCGGGAGGAUUUAGCCAUGAAAAUUAAUCUGACGGAGGCCAGGGUCCAGGUCUGGUUUCAGAAUCGACGCGCGAAAUGGCGGAAGAGCGAGCGUCUCAAGGAAGAGCAGAGGAAACGGGAGGGAGGCGGUUCCGAUCCGGGGGUACCUCCGCGUCCCACGAGCCACGACCCGGACGCCGCUAGCGGCGAGGGCGAGGACGCGGGUCCCGACGGAGGAUCCAGAAGUCCGAGCACAACGUCCGCUUCCGUCAGUCCGCGACCUCAACAGUCCCAGAGCCAGCCUUCCGUGGGGGGCGCCGCGACGCCGCCGUUGACGUCGACCUCCUCCGUUCGGGCGCAGGCACCGCCGAGCAGCGUCGGCUCCGUCGGGGUCCUCGGACCCCCAGCUGAGAGGUUUCCUCUGUCCCUGUUUUUCAGUAAUCUAGGAUCGUCGGCCGGUUUCAGGCCGGUGGAACCACCGCCCUCGUUAUUUUUCCCGCCUCAUCUGGCCGCGCAGUUCUCGCCACCGUUGUUCGGAAGUAAAAUCGGUGGCACUCCGACCUCUUUGUCAUCGGGCACGCCUUCCCUCUGGAGCACUACGGACCACCGUCCCGGUAGCCUUCAGGAGAUGCUCUCAUGGUCUCCCGCGGGUUGGCCAGCCUCUCUGUGCGGCUGUUGUAAACCCGGUAGUAACGAUCUGCACAGGAGCAGCAGCCUCGCUGAACUCAGAAGAAAAGCGCAGGAGCAUUCGACCGCCUCCGCUCUUCUGGGAGGACUCGCCGGAUUCCCCGGAGGACUUCCGUUACCCUUGCCUUUGCCCUUGUUACCACCUCUGUUGGGGUUGUCCAGGAGACCGGAGCACCAUCACCUGCCGUCGGUCGUUCAUCAGAUUCAACCGACGAACAAAGAGGAUCCGUAAGGAUUUCAUUGCGCGCGUCGUAGCCUUCGAAUUUCCAAUACAUGUGAGGAACGCGUCGAAAAAUUUUUUCAUUAUCCUCCUGGUUUCUUUCUCUCUUUUUUUUUUGUUUGUUCUCAUCGGGAAUAUAAUUUACAAUUUUCGCGACACCGAAUCGUCGUUAUUUUUUUUAGUUUUUCCCUAACGUUGCAAUAAUUCGUAACGAGAAUUCGCGUUUAAAGUGCGUCGAGAUCGUCACUGUAUUUCAGGGUGUGCGUAACGCUGUAAACUGAGUGUAGACAAACAUGCUCGUAUGUACGCUAGUUUCCGACGACUUUGAAGUCGUAACUCGAUACGAUGUGUAAGUUCGUCUGCUUCGAGGUACCGAAAUUUAUCUCGAUUCAAAAAUUUUAAGCGAAUUAAAUUUCGGGGGUGAUUUUUUUACCCCUUUUUUUAUUUUGGCUGUUUCUCUCUUACCGAGAUACGAAAUUCGCUACGUAUAAUAAAUAUGCUUGGGUACCGUGAACGAUCGGCAAAAAAAAGAAAAACUCGUCGAAUUAAUAAAGAUUAUGAGAACUCGAUUAAUUUUGACAAAUAAAUAAACUACAGUUGAAUAAAUAAAAUAAAGACCAAUAAAUAAUUACAAUAAUAUAGCGAAGGAUAGAAGGAGGAUUUAAGCGUGAGUUUUAUUGAAAUUUAAUCGUGAAUGGUUAUACUUAUAAUUUAUCGCGGAAAAUUCGGUAAAAAACCAGAACAUUUUUUAAACGGAAAAUAAAUAAAUAAAUUAUAUAAUUGAAACCUCGCAUAUAUUAUACAUAUAUAUAUAUAGAUUCGUAUAACGAAUAGAAACGUGAUAGUAAAAUGUAGAGAUAAAUAAUUGAACAAAAAAUAACAAAAAAGGAAAAAAAAGAAAUAAUAAUUCAAAAGAAUAUUAAUUAAUGAUAUGUAAUAUUUGAUAUUGAAGAUAUAUGUUAAAAAAAUACGUACACGGACUUCGCGAAUACAAAAUACCUAAUAAUUGAUAUCAUGUACGUUGAUUAAUUUGAUUUUUCUUUUCGAUCCCUCUAUUUGCUCCUUCUGUUCUUUCCUUUUCUAUAUUUCAACGAACGAAGUGAGAUUAAACGAAAUGAGAUUCAAUAUAGAAUAAUGUAAUUUAGUUAGAGUUUUAAAUAUAUAAUAUAUAAUUCCACUGCCUGGAGGCCUGACGAGCACGUACACGAUCGUAAGAAAAAGCAAAAGAAAAAAAAAAAUAAAAUAAAGCAAAACGAAGAAAAAUUAAUAAUAUAGAGCAGCCAAAGACCGUAGGAAACCUACACACCUAUAAAUCUGUAUAUUCUACAUUAUGUAUUACAAUGAUAAUCGGAUAUGAAAUACGUAAAUUUAAGAAUAACUCAAUAAUAUAUUAUAUAAAUAUAUACACACGCAUAUGUAUAUAUUAUACAUAUUAUAUAUAUAUAUAAAUAUAGACAGUGAUAUUAUAACUGACAUUAUGGUAGUUGUGUUGAAUAAAUUUGUUCUCGUGAUAAAAGAAAGAAAGAAAGAAAGAAAGAAAGAAAAGAAAAAAUUUCCAAAAAAUAAGCUACACGCAGUACGUGAAUAUGUUAUUUAAUUUGAUAUGUAUACUCCUCAAUUACCCGCAUCGCAUCUUGUUCGACAUUUUAAUUUCACCCCGAAGAGGUGUGUGUAUAAUAUUAUUGCGAUAUAAUUAAUAAAAAAAAAAAAAAAAAAAAA